AUGUCGCCCAUCUGGAAUGUUGCCGCGCUCACGGGGCCCCCAAACCAGGCGAAGAAGCAGCAGAUUAUGUCCCACAUAGCCGGCAAAGCUCUUCUGCCGACCGACGUCAAGAUGCCAGCCGGAAUGCAAGUUAUGGCGGGGCAGAACAGUAUGAUCGCGAACGGAAUUACUGGCUGCCCAGAGCCCAAUCCCAUCGAGACGCCCGAGGGAGCCAAGAAACGGGACGGCGACCAAGCUACCGGCAACGGUCGCCGACUAGGAGAACCGAGCGCCAACCUAGUCAUCGUCGUGACAGGCCGGAUGCUCCCCGCAAUGAAAGGAGCGGUCCAAGGCAUCGAGACAAAGCCGGUGCUAGAUCAGGGGAUAAAGGCAAUGCACCAAUCAGACCUUACGAGGUCGAGUCCCCUCCUCCUUCCCCAUCUGCAAUGCCCCUGCGGUCGUCAGGCAGCCGCUCGGUGGAUUGGGAGGUCGAAUCCGUCAGGUCGUAAGCUUUGGAGUCUGUCCAACUGCUACAAAAGAUAG